AUGGGUAUUCACUCGCGUAUAUAUCGAGCGCUCCGCGAACUGCCACCUCAGAGGCGUCUUAAAUUCACCCCCAGGCACCAGGCAAGUCAUCGACGAGCAACUGAACAACUGUGUGACUGGCCUCUAUAUGCUCGAAGAAAAAAGAGCGUUGGGAAUAAUGCCGCCGCGCUACGGGCGAGUGAUUUGGAUUUUUUCUCGAAAAUGGAACCCAGAGGAGAUGUUUCUGGCUGGGGCGUGAAUGCUAAUGAGGAUGACCGUGAGAAAGGUUCCCGACGACGGAAGGUCUAUGGCUACCUCAAAGCCGCAAAUGAACUUCGUCAAUCUUAUUCUGCUCAGUGGGCUCAGAAGACGCAGAUUGGACAAAUCAAUCGUGACAUGCAAAACAACCUAUCAGAUUACGAGGUUUCAAGUUCUGGACAUGAGGAGAUGAUAUUAUUUCCGAGUUAUGGGAGGAGACAUCUGAAAAUUCAAAGUACAAAGCACAAACAAUAUGACUAUGAUUUGGAAGACUCUGUUGAUGACGAGAAGAUGGACAGGCCUCCGCCCCAAGGAAUGGAGUAUUGGGAAAGCAUCUGGCACAGAUACGAAAAUGAUAAUGCAAUUGUUGAUAUCGAUGUUCGAGGCUGGAUAUAUUUCCCCCAGAGAGGUCAAAUGACGCGCAAGAAUAGACUUCUUAUAACACUUGCAAGAAAAAUUAGCGGUAUACCAGCUCCUAUCCAACCAUCUUCGGUCGAUGAUAAUUCAACCGGCCAAGAAAAUGGUUCACUGGAGAAACAAGCAGAUUUAAUUACCAGAAAACAAGCCGAAUUUGAGGAGCCCAAGAUGAUGACACAGUUGAGUCAAGAAGAAAUAGCUACUGCCAACGCGCAGUUAAUGGACCGCCUUCGGCCGUUCCUUACCAGUCCAGCAGUUGGUGUACCUGCCACAAUUUUCUUUUUCAAUGAUAUAAAAAGUCAAUCGAGGACUGUUAUAACUAAUGAAGGCGGCCAUUUUGCCAUUCGGGCUUCCCUAGACUUCAUUCCCACCCAAAUCCGAGUGCUCGCGUCCGAACAUUUGUCCGCCACGGAGGAGGUAAAAGUUAUUGAACCUAAUGGAGUAAGCUUGAUCAGUGACAUUGAUGACACAAUAAAACAUUCUGCAAUUGUUAGCGGUGCCAAAGAGAUGUUUCGGAAUACCUUCGUAAGGAAUUUAGCGGACCUAUCUAUCCUUGGUGUUAAAGAGUGGUAUUCGCAGAUGGCGGAUCUGGGUGUUGGGAUACAUUAUGUGUCAAAUUCUCCGUGGCAACUAUACUCGCUUCUCAAAAACUAUUUCACGCUGACUGGUCUACCCCCUGGCUCAAUGCACUUAAAGCAAUAUUCUGGAAUGCUUCAAGGCAUAUUCGAACCUACGGCGGAUCGAAAGCGGCCCACCCUAGAACGAAUUAUCCAAGACUUCCCCGACCGGCAGUUCAUUCUCGUAGGAGAUAGUGGAGAAGUUGAUCUAGAAAUCUACACCGAGCUUGUCAUUGCCAACCCCGGCAGAAUCCUUGGUAUAUUUAUCCGUGACGUGACAACUCUUACUACGAGUAACUUCUUCGAUAAAUCUAUAUCACGUCUUGAAAAAGCGUCAUCCCGAAAUAUGAGCUCCAAUAUUCCCGAAAAUCUUUUAGACGUCGCGGAGCGACGGCCUCCGCUUCCACCAAGAAAACCACUCCAACAAGAUGACGUUGCCGAGGGGAUUUUAAUUGGCGAUUUAAUUGAUUUAGAAGAACAAGAAACGAGAAAAUCUGUCUUUCACGAUUCUACCAAAGCACCGCCUAUUAAUAAGUCUGAGCCUCCACCCCCACCAUCUAAACCAACGAAACUUCGUGGCGAAUUCAUUGCUACCAGUUCAAAAAGUAACAACCCCGUACCUAUUAUCAGAAAAAAGCCUGUUCCGCCCCCACCAGCGAAGCCGCGGGCUUUGUCAUUGGGUAAAACAACACCUUCCACCGAAACAACAACCGUACCAUUUUUCGCCCAUUCUCAUCCAACCAGUCCAUGUCCGUCCACCACCAGGUUGCUUCCGCCGGUCCCUCCACCACGAAGGGGUGCAGCAAGUAGUUUACCUAAAGCGCUGCCUGUGUCUACCUACCCAUCAUCGUCAGUACUAAGCUACUCUGAGAUGUUACGUCCCUCGCCAAAUCAUCACGAAAAUCCCCCCUCCUUGCCGGCACUAAUUAGUGAGCCCCAGAUUCAGACUCGAUCUGAGUCUUCACUGGCAAAUUCCCCGAUACAACUACCUAGUAAACGUGAAGAGGCGUGGCAGCGUCGAUGGGCUCGAGCAAGAGAAAUUCUUGUCCCUCGCGGGGUUGCAUUACAUAGCUGGAGAGUUGGUGAAGAUGUUAGAGAGAUCUGUAUUCGUCUCGUGAAACAAGCCCACCAUGACCUAAAACAACAAGGCACAGGACGGUAA